AUGCUCUUAGGACAAUGUCGAAGCGUGAUAGGAAUUUUAAAACCAGAGUUAAUGCAAUUGGCAUUAACUUCAGGAAUAAAGUAUUUUCCACCUCCUAAAAACUACGAUGAUAUUGUAAUUCCCGAACGGCCUAGACUCAGGGUUUUCGAUAAAGUUCCUCUGUAUCCACCAAAUUUAAAGCCACCUAAAAUGCAAAAGCGUCUUAGAUACAUGAGAGGACCAGAAACUGUACACAAUACUUUACAAUUGAAGCAGUAUGGUGUUGUUGCCACUGGAGGUGGGAGGUUGCGGCAUGAGCAUUUUGAAAUGAUACGUCUUCAAGUAGCAAGGAAGUUAGAUAUGAAAAGAAUGUUUGCUAUAUGGAGGGUAGAUCCACCAUGGCAGCCAGUCACCAAAAAAGGUCAAGGUCAACGUAUGGGUGGAGGUAAAGGGGCCAUUGACCACUAUGUGACACCAAUUAAGGCAGAUAGGAUUAUAUUUGAGAUCGGCGGCAAAUGUGAAUAUGCUGAGGUUCAUGAUAUGUUAAGAAUAAUAGCAGAAAGACUACCAUUUAAGGCAGAACCAAUAUCACAGGAACUUUUAGAGAAAAAAGCGGCGUCUGAAAAAUGGUGUGAAGAAAAUAAUACUAAUAAGUUUACUUUAAAAUAUAUCAUCCAGAACAACAUGGGUGGAUGUCACAGAUUCAUAUCGAAAUACGAUCACAAGUGGUACGGAAAAUACUUCUAA